UUACCCAUACCCAACGACUUUUAUCAUUUACUUGAUUGUUCUUCCAAAAGACGGAACUUAUGCAACCUUGGAACGCAUUCUUUGAAGUUUUAUAUCUAUCAAAAACUUAGUACUUUGCUUCCAACGAAAAGUGGUAGCAUCUUAAAGGUAAUUGUGGAGGAUGCAUUGAACUAUGUCAAAAAGGAAUUUGCUCAUGAUUUACAAACUAGCGAUAGCAUUGAUGAGUAUAGUGAGUUGAUUUACUUUGGUUCGAACAUUUCACUGAACUUGCAUCUGUUUGGACAACAAAAAUUGAAGUUUAAAGCAAGUCCUGAGCUAACAUUAGAAUUUGAAAUAAAUAAAAUGUCUCUGAAUCCCCGAGGUGGUCAUCUCCAUAAUUUCAAAUGGCUCUUAACUGCAAUUGGAUUCCUGAUAGUUCGGGAUGAUGAGAAGCUUCGAAUAGAUGCGUUGAUUGAUAAAAUAGUCGACUAUUACUUGAAGAGAAAUAAAGAAGCUAUUGAUAAAAUCCCCGAUACCCUCGAAAUUCAACAUAUAAUGCACCUAAUGAAUGAUUAUUACGAUACUGCACCAGUAAAUAAAGAGCUUUUAUAUGGCAACCUGGCUAAACUUCACCUUGAAACUAUAAAUAAAACAAUCGAUCUCCCUCCUCUUCCCCAAAUCAAGGAUAAGAACUUGCUUACCAAAGCAUUACUCCACAAGGAUAUGUCUCUUGCAUUACUUCACCGGAACCAUCCUAUGAGCAAAUCGUUGACUGAAACUAAAAAAAUGAUAUCCAAUAAGUCAUUCUAUAAGGCUAUACAACAUUCACUAUCAUUCUUAGACGGGUUUGGCGAUCUUUUCAUUGGGAAGGAAAUAAAUGAUUGGUUUUAUAAAGUGAGAACUGGCUCCGCAGAAAUUGAUCCUUAUUUUAAACAAAACCUUUCUCAUUUCGGGCUUUUAUAUAGAGUUAUGGUAUCAAAUAGUUUAUUUUCAAGAUUGGCAGUAGCUUAUAAGCUACAUCUUGGUCUUGAUGAUGAUCUAGUAAGAAACCAAUUUGAUGAACGUCUAACUCUCUUUUCCGCUUUGGCCUUCAAUAACUCUCCGAAUAAUAGUAACGUUUACGGCUUUUAUGAUAGUGGGGUGAAGUUUGAGCAGGAGAUACUUGGUGAUUAUUUUGAACAGUACGUUGGGGCGCUAAGUAUUGAAAACCCUCAAUUGGCUUCUGAAUGGAUUAAUAAAGUCUUUCUGGCCAUCUUACGCCUGGCACCAAAUCGCUUCAACCAUUCCCAUUACACUUAUCACGAUUGGUGUGUUGAUAUCAUUGACAGG